AUGUCUGUCGAGAUCGAUUCGCAAGAGCUUGGCUUUCAUCGUCCAUUUACCUCUGAGGUUUCGCAAACAUUGAGAAUUAGAAAUCCUAAUCAUACUCCUGUUGGUUUCAAGGUCAAGACUACUGCGCCCAAACAAUACUGCGUGCGACCAAACUCUGGUAAAUUGGAGCCGGGAAGAAGUAUAGAUGUUACUGUUCUCUUACAGGCGAUGAAGGAGGAGCCACCUCUCGAUGCGAAGUGUAGAGAUAAAUUCCUAGUCCAAUCCGUCGAAAUUACUCCAGAUAAGGAGUUUGUAGACUCACCAUCAAACCAUGUCGACCGAGCAGAGAAGAAGGAUAUUCAAGAGAAGAAGAUUCGAGUUGUUUUCCUACCACCAAAGACAGCAGGAGGAGCAACAGUUACACCUUUGAGAAAUGGCGUUAGUGCAACAAAUAAUGCGAAUUCAAAUCCCGAUACUGCCCCUCCAGCAUACCGAUCCCCAUCUCCCGAAGAACACUUCACCCCUGCAACCAACCGUGUGGUAUCCGGAGGCUCAGGCCCAUCUGCCUCGGUCAGUGUAAGUGACGAGCCAGUUGGCAACCGCCACCUUGGCGAUGCCCGCUCCUCUGCUUUCAACCCCGCCACCAACGGCAAUGCCGCCACCGCUCCAACAGGAAUCCCUGCCUCUGUCGAAGAACUUCAAGCCCAACUCGCCGAAGCAAAGAAAACUAUUGCGUCCUAUGCCGAGCAAGGUGGUUUGAGAAUGAGAAAAGUAGCAAACGGGGAAACUUCAAAUGAGACGGUUAAUGAAGUGGCUACUAAGUUGCAAGGAGUAGAGGGUGUACCGGUACAAAUCGUCGCAGCUUUAUGUUUGCUCAGCUUCCUACUCGCGUACCUGUUCUUCUAA